AGAACCUGCCCACAACAAGAAGCUGUCUUAAGAAUCUUAUGCUCUUUGCCGGUUUGUCCUUCUAUGCCAGCGUUUAUCCAUCCACCACUCUUCCUUCCAGAGCAUUCUCCAGGAGUGCCAAAACCCAGAGCUUUGGAACCAAUACAUUACAUUAACCUCUAAAUGAAAGAGGUCUUUUCAAACCUGGAUCCCUUUGGUGGUCUGGUUCCUGCCUGGAUCCUGUAAAAGGAUUUUGGUGAGCUACAUGAGUAGUUCAAGGUCAAGGAUGUCGAAGCCUGUUAGAACCUGUUGCCAAAGCUUGUGUUUCGUAGAUGUAUAUUUGCAUUUCUCUUUAGACAGUGUAUUUUAAUACAUAACAAGCGUAAGGACUUAUGGUGAAACUAAGAUUACACGAUACUGGAGAUAUCUUUUUUUUAGACCCAUACCUGUUCUGCUGGAGGAAUAACCUGAAACGCAAAUGCUGCGAGAAUUUGGAUUGUAAUGCAGGGCUUGGUGUGGAGCUGGUUGGUUAAAGCAAAUACAUUUUGAAAUGGGGAAAGAAAACAAUUUCAAAAUUCAAGAGGUGUUUUUCAAAAUGCAACAUUUUAAUCAGCAUCUUAGGUUGUAAAGCAAAAACAAGGAAUAUUUUAAUGUCUUCAGAGGUGAAGUUUAUUUCUAUGGAAAAUUUAGAAGAGGUUAGGUAAGCAGCUCUUGCUAUUGUGAGAGAGAUGUGGUGUUGCCACACUCUCUUUUGGAUUAAAUUUCAACAUCUUGAAGUGGUGGCUAGAGGUGCUACACCACUCGGUGGAAAGGGAAGGUGACCGGAUUGUUGGCAAACGGGGUUCCAAAGCAGGAAUUAGCCUGAGCCUCUUGGCAUAGCAAUAGCAUUACGGUAGCCUGAUUUCUAAAACUGUUUUGAAGCCUGGCUGCGGUUGUAGCGCCCUGCAUUUGGGUCUCCUGAAAUAGUUUGUAUAUAAAUGAUUAUCUUGGCCAACAGCAGCAAUGCUGGUUGGAAAAGCAGCCCAGAAAGUUACAAGAGCUACGUUUAUUAUAGGACAAAGAAAAAGAAGCCUCUGGAGCACAGGGAGGGGUGGAUUGCCAUAUGCACCUGUUGGUGGGGUGGGAUGAAGUGAUACCUGUCUGUAGAGCUGAAUGCAAUGUCAGAACUCAUAAAAAUCAUGGUAAUUGAGUGCUGGGUUAAAAAGAAUUGUGAUUCUGAGCAAGGAUGCUUUUAAAACUUUUAAAGCUGUCUUUGCCAGAAGGAUUUAAAGGUUCGCUUAUGGCACUCACCGAGUGUUCCUUUUAUAAGAAGGACAAAAUAAUUCAGCCUUUACAGUGAAACCUCAUAACUAAUUCGAGCACGUGGGUGUGUGUUUUGUUGCUCUUUUAUUCCCCAGAAGGAGAAAGGCCAUUGUUCAUGACAAGCAAUAAACCGACACGAACUGCAUUGGGAUGUUGCUGUUGAUGGCUUCUUCAGGUGUCUGCUGCAUUUGCUGUUUGCUUCAGGUGUGAGGAGGAUUGGCACAAAGAUCAGACCUUUAUUUUGGGUGGUGGAUGUUUGUUUGUAGCCAAGGCAAGCUGAGCUGAGGUCCAUCAGUAAUAACAGUCAUCAUCAGGAGGAUUACAGACAUAACACAGGUGCCGGAGAUCUGCCGUCUGCAAUCGAUGUUACUGCGACUGCUGCUGUUUGUGGUUUUAAAAGGAAGGCAGCCAACGGUACAGGCUGGAGCAUCUUUGCUAUGUGAAGAGUUUCCCUUCGUGUUUGAUCUGGUACAUCCCACACUACUCGACGUGCAUCGUUAAGGCCAACCAUUAUGAAAGUGCUGAAGCAAACAGUUCCUCGGUCUGUCUUCUGAUUCCUGAAUUUUAUCAGCUCGUGAACGUCUAAUGAAGGCAUUUGAUGGGGUGCCGAGUUCUUUCCUGGAAGGCUUUGAUGUGUGAGGCUCCGCAGAGGGGUGCAGUGCUGUGGGCACGAUAAAGAGCUGAUAGAAACACUUGAAUGACUGGAAUUCAACAUUUCUUUGUGGUUUUACCCUGAGGUAGAGGAAAUAAGCACAAGAAAUUUCUCCAGUUCAGUUAAAGCAUCUGUCAUACAGAACUCUCCUUUGAAAAACUGGGAAGCCUCUUCUGUGUGGAACUGAAAUAGAAGUUGGACUGUUGUCUUGAAUAAAAACUAAGGCAAAGAUGUCCGUCAUAGAUCCAUACCAACACAUUGUGGUGGAACACCAGUAUUCACACAUAUUCACUGUGACAGUAAGGAAAGCCACAAAUGUCACGAAAGGAGCGAUUGGUGACAUGCUUGACACUCCAGAUCCCUAUGUGGAGCUGUUCAUCCCGUCCGCCCCUGACUGCAGGAAGAGAACCAAGCAUUUCAAUAAUGAUGUGAAUCCCGUCUGGAACGAGACCUUUGAGUUCAUUUUGGACCCCAACCAAGAGAAUGUUCUUGAGGUUACUUUGAUGGAUGCCAACUACGUUAUGGAUGAGACUCUUGGCACAUCCACGUUUCCGAUAUCUUCUCUGAAACUGGGAGAGAAGAAGGAGGUUCAGUUAACUUUCAAUGAAGUCACAGAAAUGACUCUGGAAUUGUCUCUUGAAGUAUGCUCUUCAACUGAUCUCCGGUUCAGCAUGGCUCUGUGUGAUGAGGAGAAGAAAUUUCGGCAACAGAGAAGAGAUAAUAUCAUGCACAGUAUGAAAACCUUUCUGGGAGAGGAAAACAGCAGGAACUUGACCACUUCCCGUGAUGUGCCAGUGAUAGCGAUACUGGGUUCCGGAGGUGGAUUUCGUGCCAUGGUUGGGUUUGCUGGAGUCAUGAAAGCACUUUACGAGUCGGGAAUUCUAGACUGUGCGACUUACAUUGCUGGUCUCUCAGGAUCGACGUGGUACAUGUCCACUUUGUAUUCACACCCAGAUUUUCCAGAAAAAGGACCAAAGGAGAUUAAUCAAGAAUUGAUGAACUCCGUGAGUCACAACCCGCUCCUGCUGCUCACUCCUCAGAAAGUCAAACGCUACAUUGAAGCUUUGUGGAAUAAGAAGAGCUCAGGGCAGCCUGUCACCUUCACGGAUAUCUUUGGAAUGCUGAUAGGUGAAACGCUUAUCCAUGAUAGGAUGGACACUACUCUGAGCAACAUGAAGGAGAAAGUUGAUAAUGCGCAGUGUGCUCUUCCACUCUUCACGUGUCUCCACGUCAAACCAGAUGUCUCAGAGCUGAUGUUUGCAGACUGGGUGGAAUUCAGUCCGUAUGAGAUUGGAAUGGCAAAGUACGGCACCUUUAUGUCUCCAGAUUUGUUUGGAAGCAAAUUUUUUAUGGGGACAGUGGUGAAGAAAUAUAGGGAGAAUCCCUUACAUUUCUUGAUGGGUGUCUGGGGAAGUGCAUUUUCUAUAUUAUUUAACAGAGUGCUCGGUGUCUCCAAUUCUCAGAAUAAAGGUCCCACCAUGGAAGAAGAAUUAGAAAAUAUUAGGCUGAAGCACCUUGUAAGCAAUGAUAGUUCGGACAGUGAGGAUGAGUCACAGCAUCCAAAAGGCACUGAAAACGCCAAGGCAAAUGAAGAAUAUCAGAACAGCAGCCAAGAAAGCUGGGUGCAACGAAUGCUGAUGGCUUUGGUGGGCGAUAGUGCCCUUUUCAACACCAGGGAAGGACGUGCUGGGAAAGUGCACAACUUCAUGCUGGGAUUGAACCUCAACAGCUGUUACCCGCUCUCUCCGCUGGCAGAUCUCCUUACCCAGGAGUCCGUGGAGGAAGACGAACUGGAUGCGGCCGUUGCAGAUCCUGAUGAGUUUGAGAGGAUAUACGAGCCGCUAGAUGUGAAGAGCAAAAAGAUUCAUAUCGUGGACAGUGGGCUUACGUUUAACCUGCCGUAUCCACUGAUCUUAAGGCCUCAAAGAGGCGUGGACCUCAUCAUCUCUUUUGAUUUUUCAGCGAGGCCAAGUGAUUCCAGUCCUCCUUUCAAAGAAAUUUUACUCGCCGAAAAAUGGGCCAAAAUGAACAAACUUCCUUUCCCGAAGAUAGACCCGCAUGUCUUUGAUCGAGAGGGCAUGAAGGAGUGCUAUGUUUUCAAACCAAAGGAUACCUCCUCGGAGAAAGACUGCCCAACUAUUAUUCAUUUUGUUUUGGCCAACAUCAACUUCCGAAAGUACAAAGCUCCAGGUGUUCCAAGAGAAACACAGGAGGAGAAGGAUUUUGCAGACUUUGACAUUUUUGAUGACCCAAAUACACCGUUCUCUACCUUCAACUUCCAGUAUCCCAACGAGGCUUUCAAGAGGCUUCACGAUCUCAUGGAAUUCAACACCCUCAAUAAUAUAGACGUGAUCAAGCAAGCCAUGAUGGAAAGCAUUGAAUACAGAAAAGAGAACCCCUCUCGCUGCUCUGUGUCCCUCAGCAGUGUUGAAGCAAGGAGGUUCUUUAAUAAGAACAAUCUUAACAACAACCACACAUAGAGGACGCAUCGUAGGUCCUACUCCUUCAAGAAGGUGGUUCUGUAUAACUGGAGUCAACAGACAUUAUUGGAGCGUCGCUGCUCCUGAACGGGGCCGUGCACAACUCCUGAAAACACUUUCUUACGGAUUUUCACAUUUAGAUAUGAUUUUGUACGUUUUUAAAACAUUGGAAACAUUUCAGUACGCCGAUAUCUUUAUUUUAAAACCUAUGGAAUGGGUUUAUUUUAAUAAUGGUCAUUGGGGUCAGUGUCUUUCUUUUUCUUACAGAAUUGGUGUCUCCUUGUGGGGCAAUUGCCUGAUUUUUAGUUGAUAUAACCCAGGCAUAUCUUCAAAUGCAAGAUGGAAUUAGAAACAUGGUAGAAUAAAACUUUAAUAGCAGAAACGAUGCAUGGCCCUGGGAUCAGGCCAGAUUCCACUCUGCUUUGUCUCAGUGAGAAGAUUGCCCUUCACUUUGGUUGGAGAAAUCGGUAAUUCCAAACCGCUGCCAGACAGCAGUGGCUCCUUAGGAUGUGAAGUUGCUUGGCUGCUUAUCUGCUCUGGUCAGGUUGGUUUCUUAUACUGGGAUGGAUUUGCUCACUGGUAACCAUCAGCUGUACUGGCGUUAGCAGAACUCUAUCAGCAGGCUGUGUUUAUUUCCAGUUUUGCUUUUUUGCAUGAAUUGUGUCCCUUAAAAUAACUUGGCACAUGGAUAGAAAAAUGCAGUCACACCUCCAAAACCUUCCCCCCUCUUUGGAAUUACGUGUGUGGCACGGGAAAGGGCAGAAGGUCACUGGUGGCCAUGCACAACGUGCAGGACUGAGCAGCGUUCGGGGCGCUGCGCUGGCUUCUUCCUGUUAAGUUUUAAGUUUGUGGGAUGAACCCUCAGCAAAUGCACCUGGUGGCUGUUAUUCCUUAGCUGCUUUCAUCUGGAGCUCGGAGGGGAUUGGAGGGGCUUAGUAGUUCAGUUCAAGGUGAGAUUGUUGACUCUGAAACAGUGAAAAAGAAUAUAACCGUGUUUGUGGAGGGGAGAGGGGAAAACGCGUCGCUGGCUGCCCUGCGGGCACCAAGGCAGGCAGAGGAGCAAAGCACUCCUUCCACUGGCAAUAUCAUCAUAGAGUCAUAUCGUAGAAUGGUUUGGGUUGGAAGGGACCUCAAAGCCCAUCCAAUUCCAACCCCUUGCCUUGGGGUCACCUCCCACUGGAUCCGGUUGCUCAAAUCCCCAUCCAACCUGGCUUUGAACCCCUCCAGGGAUGGGGCAGCCACGACUUCUCUGGGCAACCUGGGCCAGGGCCUCACCACCCGCACAGGAAAACUUCUCUUUUUAGGCUCUCGUCUCAAUCUACAGAGCGUAUUCUCAGUAGGAAGAGUUGCAGAACCGUGGUCAGAAGGAGCUGUAAGUGGAAUUUCAAUGUUAGGACUUUGGCUGUCGCUAGGGUUCCGAUCUCACCCCCUUCCUUUCCAGUGGAGCUGUCAGGUACCAGCGGACCCAGGGGCCGUGGUGAGUGCCGUCGCUUUGUGCGGGGGCUGUAGGAAGCGGAGGUGAUCUUUUAUUGAAUGGUUUUUUUUUGGACAGUUUCUACAAUAACAGCUCAUUUAUCAGAGUUUAUUGCUAAUUUGGUGGCUGUUCCUUUUAUUGUGAAUUAUUGAGUUGGUUUUAAUUGCUAAAAUCUGUAAGUCCAUGGGAAGAGAAGUAAUUAUAACGCAUUUCUUUUAACAGCUACUGCAUCAUCCUUCCUUAAAUCUACAUGCAAUAUUAUGUGAUUAAUAAUGUUUUUGGUAUUGAUCAAUAGGUUUUAUUUCUGUUUGAGUUAGUGCAUGUUUAAAAUCAAGAGAGAAAAUAAAAGUAACUUAUCUUAGUGCUGCAUAAUUUAAAUAUUUUCAAUAAAUUUUGGAAUACAGGAGGAAACUGGUACUGUUAUUUUAUUGUCGUAUUCUCUUUUUAGUGUUUUUAUUUCC